ACGGAUUCCUGCCAUUUAUUAAGCAUUUCAACUAUUCAACGUCCAUCUUCAGAAAUUUGUUCACGAUUGAUGUAGAUAGUUCCGAUAUUGUAACUGUUCUUUCUUCUAUUGAUAACAUUUUUGUAUCAAAGAUCAUUUCGAACGUGGUCACCAUCCCUGCAUAUAAUAUAAUUAAUAUACUAUUAAUUAUUAUCAUUAUUUGUUAUUGUAUCAAAGUAGUAAAACAAAAUGAUGAAUUUUGAAACUACCAAUACGACAAUUUUACUAUGGGACAUGUUCUACUUGGGUAAUCCUCACCGACAUAUGUACAAGGACAUCAAGCACUUACCACAUAUAUACGCGCAGGCUUGGCCAUAUUUCUUGACUUUAUUAGUGUUAGAAAAUGGAUUGCGGCUAUGGCAAAGAAAAGAAAUACUCAGACUUAACGACAGCAUUACCUCGAUGAGUCAUGCCAUCCUGCAAGAGUGUGCCAAAUUGUUUUAUAGAGGAUCAGAACAUUGUUUAUACUUUUGGAUUUAUUACAAUUAUAAAAUUUGUGAACUACCUUGGAAUUCUAUAGCUUUCUGGUAUUUUUCGGCGAUUAUGGUUGAUUUUUGUUAUUAUUGGAUGCAUAGAGCUAGUCAUGAAAUUCAUAUUUUUUGGGCUCAACAUCAAGUUCACCAUAGUUCUGAGGAAUUUAAUGUUACUGUUGGAAUAAGACAAUCGGUAUUUCAAAGUUUAGUGGGAAUUGUGUGCUAUGCUCCUUUGGCUUUAUUUGUUCCACCAGUCUUGUUAUUAGUGCAUCAACAGUUGAGUCUCUUGUACCAGAUAUGGAUCCAUACCGAAACAAUAACAACUAUUGGGCCAUUGGAUUAUGUUUUAAACACUCCGGCAUAUCACAGGGUGCAUCACGGAAGCAAUCUAUACUGUUUAGAUAAGAACUAUGGAGGCGUUUUAAUUAUAUGGGAUAGAAUAUUUGGAACGUUCCAAGACUUUUAUCCAGAUAAGCCUAUUACGUAUGGUUUAGUAUACCAGAAAAAUGCAUUUAACCCUUUAUCCUUACAAUUUUUUUACAAUUUAAAUUUAUACUAUAAAUGGAAUAGUAUGAAUGGUUGGAAGAACAAAUUAAGAUCGAUUAUCAAGGGUCCAAGUUGGGUACCAGGUUUGUCUUGGACAGGUCACGACGGAAGGCGCGCCAGUGUCACAGGACGUAGAAAAAAAUAUGAUGUGAAGAUAUCUUUUGCACUUAAGUCAUAUUUGCUAAUUCAUUUUAUUGCGGUAGUCAACGGAUAUUUUACAUUAACUACAAUUCCUCAUUCUGAAAUUAAUUUUACGUGCAUGACAAUUUCUACGUUUUAUAUUGUUUGGUCAUUGAUGAGCAUAGGCUUGAUGUUCGAAAAGUCCUCAUGGUCAAAAUGCGUUGAAUGCUCAAGAUGCUUAACCAUAUUCGUUCAUCUAAUAUAUUUGGAACCUCAACCAUUUUUGAAUGCAUUAACUAUCGUCGUUUAUCAAUUGUUAAUGGGUAUUUCGAUUGUUAUUUGGGCUAUAACAUGUUUAAUACGUUAAUAUUUUCUAACUUUGACUAAGACAAUGCAUUAUAUAUUUUUAUCUUUGUGACGUGUCAAAAAAAAAAAAAAAUCUUCACUAUAUAUACUAAUAUUAUGUACAGUCGCAGUCAAAAAUAACGCACGUAAAAGAAUAACAAUUGGAGAUCGUUUAAUUAAAACUCUAGCAUAUCAAUUUUAAACUUUAAUAUACGAACAAAAGGUUAAUUUUAUU